AUUCGGCUUGAGACGUCAGCGCGAGCAGCCAUGAAGAGGCCGAGCAGAGAGCCAAGCCCUGUUUCGCGUCCCAAGGAAGCGCGCACGGGGAGUCAGCGAGACGAACAGGCCGCCGUCGACCCCCACGCCAUCGCCGGCGACUUACCGUCCAGCUCCGCGUCCAGUUCCAGAGCCACCUGCAACUCUUCCACUGCUGACACUGGCUCUUCAUGCAGUGCCCGCCACCCGGAGCGCCGCCCGGAGCGCCACCCGGAGCGCCACCCGGAGCGCCACCCGGAGCGCCACCCGCAGCGCCACCCGCAGCGCCACCCGCAGCGCCACACGCAGCGCCACACGCAGCGCCAGCCGCAGCGCCAGCCGCAGCGCCAAGCCCGGCGCGGCCGCCGGCAGCGCCAGCCGCACCGCCCCAUGCGAGCCGCCCGGACGCCCCGCAGCCGCGAGCGCCACUCGCAGCGCCGCCCGGAGCGCCACUCGUAG